UCUUUCAGGUCUUUGGCCAAUCGGUAGCUGGGCUCCUCCCCUCGCUGGAAAUUUCGCCCUCCAGACCGGAGCGGUGCUCAUGGGGUCGCGCAGUUGAUACGUUCAAGUGGCUCGUCGACGACUCAUCGAGUGCCCGCGGGUCGCGUUGUCCGAGUGAUAUUUUCGCGUACACACAAACCAAGUGGACAAACCGAGAUAUUUCAGAGCAUCACUUAAGACAUUUUCCGACGGUUGGAAUAUCGUGUCCGGCUCAAAGUGUUUUUUUGAAUUUCGUUUGAUUUCAUUCGAUGAUCUACAUGGGAUUUUAACCCGUGUGAUCGACGCCCGAAAUUCAAAAGUAAAUAAAAUAACGUUUGUGGGUUCAAGUUAAUUUGCGGACUCUACACGAUGUCAGACAGCGAAAGCCCAAAACCGAUGGAAACGCAAUUUCAUCAUCACCACCCGAGGAUACCGCCGUCGUUGCUGGCCUGGUGCCCGACCAUAAUGCCGCCUUGGUGUUCAUUAUUGCCGGCUGCAUGGUGCAACCCUGCCGCCUUGAGGUCAGCUUUUCCAGGACUUUUGGAUAGCAUAAAGAUGCCUAGCAGUCAAACUCGUCCGUCUGGCUUCCACAUUUGUGACAUUUUGGAUUUGAACGACGGUAAAGUUAACUCUUCGGAUAACACAACGACUAAUUUAGGAUCCCACAUUGGUGCUCCUGAUAUGCAUAACGUGGGCGGCACCGGAUUUCAAUUUCCAAAUGUCCUGCAGUCCUCCACAGAUUUACUGCACCAUUGGCCAACAUCUCUCACUGAACUUAGAGGUUUUGGAUUGAGUCACGGUACUCAACAAGCUAGUCCAGAUAGUACAUCUCCUGGAGUUACUGACCUAACCGAUAAUUCAAGUACACCUAGUGGUCUAGCAGCCGAUACAUCGGUGAGUGUUGGAGGUCCAGGAUCUGGAGUAGGCGGUAAACAAGAAUCUUCUGAAGUGGAUGGAGAUGAAAUUAUGGAUGAUGAUUUUGACGACGAACCGGGCGCAGGAGGCGAUCCAGACCGUCGAGGUUCCGAUGGCACCGGUCACCCUUCAGACGGCGGCGCAAUCCACAAAAAACGGAAGCGUCGCGUACUUUUUAGCAAAGCUCAAACGUACGAGCUGGAACGCCGGUUUAGACAGCAAAGAUACUUGUCAGCGCCAGAACGUGAACAUUUAGCAUCCAUUAUCCGGCUUACUCCAACUCAGGUGAAAAUUUGGUUUCAAAAUCAUAGGUAUAAGACGAAAAGAGCCCAACAAGAGAAAGGCAUGCACGUAGAUCAUCAUGCAGCGGCUGCGGCCAACGCUCUGUCGUCGCCAAGACGAGUCGCCGUACCAGUGCUGGUCAGAGAUGGGAAGCCAUGUAACAGCCAAACAAAUGGUCCAAGUAAAACCGAACAAAUGGUAAUGUCUUCUUAUUCGCAUCCAUUAAUGCACAGUCAGACCCCGAGGACUUGGUGGUAGCCACGACUGUAACUCUUUCGUUUCUGAGCAUCCGUCAUCCAGUGUCUUCCCAGAGUAAAUUCUGAACUUUGUCGUAAAUACUCUAUCCAGUUGCAUUUUGGGUUACUUGUAAAAAGAACAGCCGCUACUAUCGUACGUAAACAAAACAUUGAUAAUCAAAUCAUAAUCUUAAAAAACUAUAGAAAAUAUCCGAUAUGUACCAAAAAUAGUUAUUCUUGAGCAAAUCUUUUAAAACUCUUACAUUUUUUAGAUAAUUCAGAUAUUCGUAAAAUAGUAUCCUUCCGUUUUGAGAUGAUUACCUUUUAAUUUAUAACAAUAUUCUAUUUAAUAAAUGUCUUGAGUAUUAUAGAAAUCAAAUUUAUUUAGUAAAUAAAAAAAAAAUUAUUAUAAUUUUUAUUAAUAUAAAAAAAAAAAAAUAAUGAAUGGUUA